AAGCAUAAGAAAGCUGGACAGAUGAAGGUCGAUUCUGUGGCACGUCACCCCCUCCCAACGGACAUACACGCCUUGAAGUCGCGUGUUGGUGCAGGAUAUUUCGAGGAUCCUUCUAGGUUCAAAGCAGACAUGCCAAGGUCCACCAUCCUCGCCAACCAAGCCCCCUUGUUAUCGCAAGCAGGAACCGGUUGUCAAAAGGGCCCAGGUCUGGGACAAAGCAUACGUGCAAGGGCUUGGGGCAUGUCCCCCAGACCCCAAACAUCUCAUGUCUUCUAGAUGCUACAUGGUUCAGCAAGGCACAGCAAGCAAACACGCACGCAAACAACACCCUCGCCCCCUUCUCCAGGGUUCCGACUGCAGCCGAGGCCCUUCCAACCGCAUAAUGGACCUCUGCACUGGUUCAAGCCUCUUUCUCUACGUGUUUCCCCCUCGAUCGGGAACUACGCCACCAACAACACUUAGGGUCCGACAGUCCGGUUCGUGGUCGGCUUGGGGGGCGUGUGCAACGGAAGCCAAAAGGAAACCGAUAUUGACCCUCCACCAAGAUUCUUCAUCACCGCCACCUCACAUUCGACCCGCUUCACCCCGAGGCUUCCCCCCUUCAUGCUCGCAUUGACCUCUUGAAGUCGAUAACAAUGGACCAAGAUGAUGUCUCACUGUUCCU